GCUUAAUUGGCGUUGCAUUCGGCAACUUGGUAAUAACAGAAACAUGUAGGUAAUACUCUGGGUAGCCCCGUUACGUACACACGCGAAAGGUGAAGUCGAUACACUGCCCAAAGGUAGUAUCGAUAAUGCUACGGGGGCAACAAACAAGAGACGCGAGACCACAUCGACAGAGGACACAGCCAGCAGUAUCAUUACGAGGCCGGAGUCGCGCCCCGGCCCCAUUCGAAGGAGGCAAAAUCGGCGGAGGGUGGGAGGGCUCUGCCGUUCUAAGCGGCGGCACCACAGGCCCGGCGAGAGCCAGACGACGUACAGAUGAUGCCGGACAGCUGGGCGCACAUCGCCAACAUACGGGGUUGGGGGUUGUGUGUGUUGUACCUAGCACUUCGCAGCUCGGUCGGUCGCCAAUACAUCGCCGGAUCUUGGCGAUCCGAGCCGGGAGGUGCCGAUACACUGUCCUCUCAACGCGCCAAUAACCCCUUCGCCUCCUGUCGUAAUUUAUUCAACGUGUCCUCCUGUCAGUCCCCCUCGCGAGUCCUACCGCUAUUGCCAUCUCCGAUCCGGCGCCUAAACGUCGAUGGGUCUUGCUGCUGCUUCGCUGUGGCGGUGCGCAAACGGGCCAUCGCCCCAGGAGCGGGGCCGGGGUGGGAUGCGAUGCCGCGCGACCCCGUCGACAAGCCGCCAGGUGCCGCGCCCGCCGCUGCCGUCGAGCUACUAGCCGGCGCCACGUCUACGUCCGUAAAUAUCGCGCCGUCGCUAGGAGCACUGGCUUGGCUUGCCCCGGCGGUGCUAGGCCGGGCCCGAGCCGCCUCGCUUCCUUCCUCGCUAAGUUGCUUGACGAGAGGAAUGGAAUUCAGACGGACGUGCCUGGUCAACGAAACGGGGCAUUUUGGGGGGGUGGGUAGGUAGGUAGGUAGAUCUUUUCCUCGCUGCGCGUAGACAGCCUCGCUUGCUCCCAGUCGCCCGCGGCAAACCCUUGGAGUUGCGUCGUAGGUAACACAGAAACGCUCGGAGCCGGCUGUAGGUAUAAUACGGAGACGGUAGAGGUACGUGGCUGGGAGGAUAGCGAGGAGAGCCGCGGAGCUGGGGGGAAACGAGAGGCAGCAUGGCGGUGUUGACUGGGUCUCUGGCCAUCAGGUAUAUUGCCUACCUUGCCUACCCCAUAUUUGUUGCGGGCGUGUCUAAUACCUAUUACCAGUCGACCCCCUCUCCCGUUCCCGGCGGGUCAAGGCACACGCAUGCCCCGGAGCUGAGCAGAAUUCCCCUAGUAUCCCGUCGCCUGCAAUCGAGAUAACGCAAGCGACCAGCGGGACGUUUCCACCCUUCCUCUCUUUUUUUUUUUUUCCUUUUU